AUGGACGACCGAGCGCUCCACAUGUUUGUGGAGCCCCAGGACCUCCAACUGGCCAUCCAGUUCUGGCAACGCAUCACCAACACGCCGGACGACUCAGGAAGAGUCCCUGACAUGCCGGAGGUCGACCUCCAGCCAGGGCCAUCAGCCGCCGAGGCCCUUGCCGAGCCGGAGGGUUCCGACUCCGGGGCCGACUCCACCGGCGCAGCGCCUGGCGAGAGCCCCGACCCCCACCAGCCGGAGGAAGCCCAGCAAAGUGGCGUAUCCAGUGCCACCUCGCCCUCGGGCUCCGGAGACGAAGGUCAAGAAUCCGGAAGUUCCGAGGGUGAAGAGGACAACGACGACGGAGGCAAUGAAGAGGCCGGGGCGGCCGAAGAGGUCGAGGAAGACCCCGGAUCACGAGCCACUGAGUGA